UCAAAGAAACAACACUGCGACUCGCCUAUCAAUUUUCCCUCUCUAAAACUCUGUAUUUACAAAUUGUGGCAGUUGCUGCAAUUUUUCCAUUUCUCUUGUUCAAAUUCAAUCAAGCUUCAUACAUACAUACAUACAUCCAUGGCGAACAAUCCAGGUGAAACCCCCUCCGACGAUUUCCUCGAUCAAAUUUUAGCGUUUCCGAACUACGCCUCCGGAGUCGAGUCUAAUUUUGUCGGAAACGAAGCCCCGACGGCAUCGAUGCUGCUUCAGCUCGGCUCCGGCGGCGGCUCGGCUCAAUUCGGCGGGCUCGGCAUCGGCGGCGGCUACGGGGUUGGAAGUGGUGGAGGAGGCGGCGGCGGUGGGUUCCCGUUGGGUCUGAGCUUAGAGCAAGGGAAGGGAGGGUUUAACGACGCCUCGGGGAGUGGGAAGAGAUUCUACCGUGAUGACGCCGUUGAUUCCCGCGCUUCUUCUAUGAAACCGGGUUUUCAUGGACAACCAAUGGCAAAUACAGUUCAAACAAUGGCUCAUCCACCCGCAAAUCGACCGAGGGUACGGGCUCGACGAGGCCAAGCAACAGAUCCACACAGCAUAGCUGAGAGGUUGCGCCGAGAGAAGAUAGCUGAAAGAAUACGAGCUUUGCAAGAAUUAGUUCCCAAUGUCAAUAAGACAGAUAGAGCAGCUAUGCUUGAUGAAAUUGUCGAUUAUGUGAAGUUCUUGAAACUCCAGUUGAAGGUAUUGAGCAUGAGUAGAUUGGGAGGAGCUGGUGCAGUGGCACCGCUUGUGACGGACAUCUCGACAUUGUCAAUGGAGGAAGAAGGCGGCAAUGGCGGAGGAAGAGCUCAGCCAGCUUGGGAGAAGUGGUCGAGCGACGGCACAGAGCGACAGGUGGCUAAGCUUAUGGAAGAAAAUGUUGGGGCCGCAAUGCAGUUUCUUCAAUCCAAGGCACUCUGCAUGAUGCCCAUAUCUCUCGCCUCGGCUAUUUACCACACACAACCUGUUACAGACGCUACCUCACACGUGAAACCCGAAUCCGACCCCCUAUCAUAAAUUUCUCCGACAAGUAAGCAACAACUCGAGAUUAGUGUUUUUAUUUUUGUAUUAUAUAUGUUACUAUGUGUAUAUUGAUUACGUCAUGAUGUGUAUUGAUGAAUAAAUUAUUAUUAUGUGAAAUAUAAUACCGCAAUGAUUCCGCCC